AUGAACCAAUCAACAGUUCAACUUAUUAACGUUCAACUACAAAAUAAUAACAGCCAGCCACAUGGUCCUCAGAAUAUCGGAAGACAUCAAAACACUAAUGGCCACCUUCAAAGAGCCUCAAAUACCGGUAGAACCCAGAAUCUAUUCAACAAUAUUUCCAUUGCAGUUCAAAGUUACGCAGAUCUAGUUGAAGGCACAUAUCCAUUCACUAGAACCCAAAGUAUAGAAAAUCCACUACCACAAAGUGUCCAAUUUUCAACGGA